AUGGCUCAGUUGUUUAAAAGAUCUUUUGCUUUUGUUUUGGUUCCCGGCUACAAGCGAAUCGCCUCUAGAGAUGACGAAGAUGCCACUGCUCUAAACGGGUCAAUGGAGCCAUGUAGGCAUGAAAAGCACAUUCUUGAGGCCAAUGUCUGGUCGCUACCAGCGUUAAAAGCUGCCACGGCAUUGAACAUCUGCUUGUUUUUUCUAAGCCUUGCAAUGCUGGUAGCCAACGGUAUUGCAAUCCCAUCGAACAGUGGCCGAGAAUCGCAGGCAUCAGGGAACUGGUUUCUCAAGCAAGUAUCGCGUCCAUCCCCUCUGCUAGAAGAAGGGGAUAUUCCUUUCUUCGAUAAGAAACUCGAUGCCACACUUCUUCUCAAUGAGCCUGUUAGUAUCUACCGCCAGGAGCCAAGCCUCAAGGUUGAUAUUGCGUGGGAUAGGCUGGGCGAUUUGCGACUUAUUCCACUCUCUCGUGAAGACGUUGAGUCUAUGGGGAAAGAUCCAGAAGAUGCAGUCAAGUUCCCGCCAGAAUGGGGUCUUGGGGAUGAUGUUUAUGCCGGAAGGCUCGAUGUCUUCCAUCAAAUUCAUUGUCUCGAUGCGCUGAGACGAGAGUCCUACUUCGAACACUACUAUGGCGAGUCGUACCCCAAGGGAUACAACCAGACUGGCGAAAUGCACCGGUUGCACUUGUCACAUUGCAUUUGGUACCUACUUCAGAGCAUCAUGUGCCAGGCCACGACGGACGUAUACACCCAUAUUUGGACAGACGGCGUGGAACAUCCAUUCCCAGAUUUCAGUGCAAAACACAAGUGUCGCGAUUACGGAGCUAUCAAGAAGUAUCAAAACGAGCACGCCGUAUCUGUCGAACCCUUUGUUGCCUUGAAAGCGCCCCCUGGCGCGAAAGUUCACCGAAUGACCAGGCAUUUUAAGGAGCUUCAUGGGUUUUUUGAUGUCCAUGAAGACGAUGGAAACCAUGGAGAUGAGAUUGCGUAA